AUGCUCGAUUCGACACAUCUUACAUGGACAAAUGUCUUUUUAGGACUUUUAUUCGUCAUCUUUGAUUCUGUCCUUUCUCUACUUCUUGGACUCGGUAUAGGCGGUUCAUUACUCGUCGCAAGUGUAAGAUGUAUCAUACAACUGAGUAUCAUGGCUUUGGUACUAGAUAAGGUAUUUAUGAGUAAUAACAUCUGGGGAGUGUUUGGGAUCGCUGUACUACUCAACGUGCUGGGAGCAUUCGAAGCCACAUACAACAAAUCGAAAAGACGGUUCAGCAAUAUGUUCCCCUUGGUUCUAUCCGCCAUGUUAUGCGGGACAUUACCUAUUUCCAUACUGGGCUCGGAGUUCGCCAUGGCUCAACGACCUUUCUGGCAACCUGAUCAAUAUAUCCCUAUACUCGGUAUGAUCCUGGGAAACGCCAUCUCAGCAAUCGCAGGCGUGGGAAUGAACUCCAUCUCCAAGGAAUUCGCGGAGAACCGUGACAAAGUUGAGACGUACCUCGCCAUGGGAGCGAGCCGUUUCGAAGCUUGCAAGCCUGUUGGGGUGGAAGCGUUGAAGAUGGCCUUGCUUCCGACUGUCAAUCAGUUGAGCGUCAUUGGCCUCAUCUCCAUUCCUGGAAUGAUGACCGGAGCAAUCGUUGGAGGCAAGUCUGUGGAACAAGCUGCUCGGUUGCAAAUGAUCAUCAUGUUCAUGAUCUCUGCCUCGUCUGCGUUAUGUACAUUAGGAGCGUUAGUAUUCGCUUUGUCUACACUGGUGGACAGCCAACACCGCAUACGUCCGGACCGAUUGGAUUCAAGGAAACCUAUCAUGUACCGAUGGCGGGACAGUGGACUUGAACGUGUAUGGAAGGGAGUAUUGUCGUUGAAAUGCUGGGGAAGGGAAAAGGGUAGCGAGGAAGAGAGGAGAGGGUUGUUGAGGGGUGAGUCAUAG